AUGCCGUUGCUGCCGCUACGCCGCAGGCUGCUGCUGCAGCUGCCGCAGCUGCUGCUGCUGGUCCUGGCCGCCGCCGGGCCCCCGCCGGCCCAUGGUCAGCCCUGGGGGGCCGGGGGGCCCGGGGGCCCCGGGGGGGCCGGGGGGGGGCGGGUCCAGGUGAGGUUCACGCCCACCAUCUGUAAGGUGCGCUGCAGCAGCCGCCACGGCUGCAUCAACCGCUGCCAGACGGGCAACGUGACCACGCUGGUGGGCCCCGGGGGGCCCGGGGGGCCCGGGGGGGGGCCCAGGACCAUCGUCUGUCCGCUGCUCUGCAAGAACGGGGGUGUGUGUUUCCAGAAGGACCGCUGCCUCUGCCCCCCGACCUUCACCGGGAAGUUCUGCCACAUCCCCGUCCCGGCGGCCGGAGCCCCCGCCCCCAGGGCCCCCGCCGGGGCCGCCGGGGCCCCGCCCGCCUCCACCAACGAGGUCGUCAAGCCUGCGCUCUUCUCCGGCGGCCAGGACCUGAGUCUGUCCGAGUUCCGCCUGGCGAUGGGGCGGAGCCAGGAGGCGCCGCGGCCCGGAGCCCCCGGGUCCCCCGUGGUGACGGUCAGAGUCCAGCACCCCCCCGAGGCCAGCGUCAAGAUCCACCAGGUCAUGAAGGUGUCUGGAUCCAGUCCCGUCCUGCGGACUCUCUCGUCUUCAUCCUCGUCCUCCGGGUCGGCCGGUGCUCCGGCUCCAGCGCCGGCUGCCGCCGUGUCCCUGAGAGGCGGCGGCGGGGUCCAGGUCCAGGUCCAGGCCCAGACGGUGAGGGGGUCCGGGGUCUACACCCAGCAGUCCGGCUUCAAGUACUGCUUCAGAGAAGUCAAGGACGGACAGUGCAGCUCCCCCCUCCCAGGUCUACGGAGCAUGGACACCUGCUGCCGGGGGUCGGGGAAGGCCUGGGGUUUGUCCGACUGCGUCCGCUGCCCCGACAACUCAGGUGACCUUGUGACGUCGUCAUCGCCGGGUGGGAGCAACGCUAGCUGUCCGCUCGGGUUCCAGCGGGUCAACGGGACGCAGUGUUCCGAUGUGAAUGAGUGCCUCCAGCCGGGGCUGUGUGAGAACGGCAUCUGUGUGAACACCAGGGGGAGCUAUAGCUGUGUGUGUCGGCGGGGCUUCAUCCUCGACGCCACACAUGGAAUCUGCAUCUCCCACACCGUGAUCUCGGAGGAGAAGGGCCAGUGCUACCGGGUCCUGGGCUCCGGUCUGGGCCCGGCCUCCUGCUCCCUGCCCAUCCUGCGGAACAUCACCAAGCAGAUCUGCUGCUGCAGCCGCGUCGGCAAGGCCUGGGGCCCCGGCUGUCUCCGCUGCCCCUACUUCGGAUCAGUCGCCUUCAAGGACAUCUGUCCGGCCGGGCCCGGCUACUACUACACGGCCUCCACCUUCCAGUUCAACCAGCGGCUCGGCGACGAGCUCCGGAACCGAGCCGCCGUGCUGACCACGCAGGACGGCAAAGGUCCAGAAUCUGGAUCCAGCCGGUCCUCCGGUUCUCAGUCCCCCUCGUCCUCUGGACCGGUCUCCUCCGGUUCUGGUCCCAGAACCAGAACCAGUCCCCCUCAGCCCGGGUCCGUCCCCCGGCCUCAGCCCCGGCCUCAGCCCCGGCCCACGACCCGGCCCACGACCCGGCCCACGACCCGGCCCACGCCCGGCUCGCCCUCCAGACCCGUUCAGCCCGGGAGCGGCGGCACCAGCCAGGGGCCCCAGCAGAACCGGCCCGGUUCUGUCCAACCCAGACCUCCGUCCAGCGGGAGUCAAGGUUCUGACCCGCCGGCAGCUCGAGGGGACUCCCUCCCGAGUCCGGCCCGGCCCCAGAGCCCGGAUCGGGGGUCCGGACCCGGACAGCUCCCCCCCCUGCAGAGCCGACCCGCCGCCCCCCCGCCGACCCGGCCGACCCGGCCCAGAGUCCAGAGUGUGUGCAGCACCAGACCCGGAGUGUGUGGUCCGGGCCGCUGCCUGGACCAGCCAGGUGGGAAACACACGUGUGUGUGUGACCCGGGGUUUCAGGCCGACACCCAGCGCGGCACCUGCACCGACAUGGACGAGUGCCAGCAGAACCCCUGCAGCGGCGGCCGCUGCAACAACACGGAGGGCAGCUACCGCUGCACCUGUCGCCAUGGUUACCGGCUGGUGGGCAGCACCUGCUCAGAUGUGGACGAGUGCAGCGACCCGCUGCGCUGUCCCGGCCAGGAGUGCGUCAACACCCAGGGAUCGUACCGAUGCACGUCUUGCAGGCCCGGAUACGGACUGCUGAACGGAGCCUGCACAGACAUCGACGAGUGUCGUCGGACCCCGUGUUCCAACGGCCACUGUGAGAACUCACCCGGGAGCUACCGCUGCAUCUGUCGCCAUGGUUACAAGCUCCACAACGACACCUGCACAGACGUGGACGAGUGCGCCGAGCCGUCCCAGUGUCCCGGACAGAUGUGCGUCAACAACCAGGGAUCCUACAGAUGUGUGUCGUGUCGGCCGGGAUACCGGCUGGACAACAGACAGUGCACAGACGUGGACGAGUGUGCGAGUCCCGGGGCCUGCCAGGCCAACCAGGUCUGCGUCAACGCCGUUGGCUCCUUCAAGUGCGAGUGUCUGCCCGGCUACCGGAGCUCCGGCCUGGGGAGACAGUGCAGCGACAUCAACGAGUGUCUGGAGGGAACCUUCUGCUUCUCCAGGGGAGAGUGCCUGAACACUCCUGGAUCCUACACCUGCGUGUGUUCGCAGGGGUUCACGCUGAGCCAGAACCGGACGGCCUGCCUCGAUGUGGACGAGUGUUCGAGUCCCGGCGUGUGUUCCGACGGUCGCUGCCUGAACACCGACGGUUCCUUCCAGUGUGAGUGUGAGAGCGGCUUCAGCACCAGCCCCGAGCGGACGGCCUGCCUGGACGUUGACGAGUGCGUCGCCUCCAGCGGUUCGGUCUGCGGCUCCCAGCGGUGCGAGAACACGAUCGGUUCCUACCGCUGCCUCGCCGCCUGCGAGCCGGGGUUCCAGGCGACGCCCGGCGGCGGUUGCGUGGACGUGGACGAGUGUUCGACGCUGCCCGGCGUCUGUGGAGCGGCUCGCUGCCAGAACACGAGGGGAAGCUUCCUCUGUAAAUGUGACCGCACCGGAGAAAUCUUUGAGUCCAGGACCAGAACCUGCAUCAGCACCGCUCCACCAAGAACAGACUCAGGACCCGGAGACCGCCGCGUCUCCUCUUCCUCCGGUUCUUCCUCUUUUCCUUCUUCUUCCGGCUCUUCUUCUUCUUUUCCCUCUUCUUCCGGCUCUUCUCCCUCUUCUUCCGGCUCUUCUCCCUCUUCUUCUGGCUCUUCUUCCGGCUCUUCUUCUGGCUCUUCUUCCGGCUCUUCCUCCUCUUUUCCCUCUUCUUCUGGCUCUUCUUCUGGCUCUUCUUCUUCCGGCUCUUCCUCCUCCUCCCGCCCCGCCCACGCCGGCUCUUCCCCCCCGGCGUUGCCCCCCCCACCACCCGGCCCCGCCCUGCCGGCCCCCCGCCCCGGGGACCUGGGGGACCUGGGGGACCUGGGGGACCUGGGGGACCUGGGGGACCUGGGGGACCUGGGGGACCUGGGGGACCUGAGGGACCUGAGGGACUGCUACUACGACCUGGACGGCGGCUCCUGCAGCCUGCUGGCCUCCAACACCAGCCAGCAGGAGUGCUGCUGCACGCUGGGCGAGGGCUGGGGGCGGGGCUGCCGGUACCACGCCUGCCCCGCCCUGGACUCAGCCGAGUUCCUGGCUCUGUGUCCCAGCGGGAGAGGAUACGUGACGGACGGACCGGAGGCCUUUAGUUACAGAGACGUGGACGAGUGCAAGCGUUUCCAGCCUCAAGUUUGUAAAAACGGCGUCUGCGUCAACAACAUUCCUGGAUAUUCCUGCUACUGCUCCAGCGGCUACGUGUACGCUAGCGCCCAGCUGGAGUGUGUUGAUCACGACGAGUGCGAGGAGGAGAGUUGUGUCGGGGGGACCUGCAUCAACACGCUGGGCUCGUAUCACUGCAGCUGUCCGCCGCCGCUGGUCCUGGACGACACGCAGAGGAACUGCAUCAACGCCUCCUACCUCGCCUUCGAUGAAAACCUGUCGGUGUGCUGGCAGCACGUCAACGCCGACCGGCUGUGCCAGAGUCCUCUGCUCGGCCCCCAGCUCACCUUCAUCGACUGCUGCUGCCUGUUCGGCCAGGGCUGGGGCAUGAGCUGCGCCCUCUGCCCCCCCACUGACUCCGAGGACUACGCCAACCUGUGCAGCUCGUACCCUCUGCUCCAGGAAGGUUUUCCGGACUCCUCCGGACCCGAGGCCGGAGCGAGACCAGGACCAGGACCAGGACCGGGACCAGGACCAGGACCGGGACCAGGACGGGGAGCUCCUCCCUACGGCCCGGACCUCUUCCCUCCAGCCGUCGCCCCCGACAGAGAUUUCAGUCGUCCCGACUACGACGAUUACUCGCCAGACUGGGGCAGCAGGGCGGGUUUCAGAGGGCGGACGCCCGCCUCCUUCAGCCCAGACUACAGUGCUGGUUUCUACCCUGGGGGAGACUACGGUUCCCCCGACGGCUCCAGGUCUCCGUCCUUCCGUCUCCCCCCGGACCCCCGGUCCGAGCUGGGCUUCGACUCCCGGCCGCUGCCGCCCUCCCGGGCCGCCCGGCCCCCCCUGAGCCUGGCCCCCCUGCCCAGGUCUCCCUACGGGGACGCGGGGGACGAGGAGGAGGAGGAGGACGAGGGGACGUGGAGGGCGGGUCCACCCUUCCCUCCCUUCACCAGAGGAGGAGGAGGAGGAGGAGGAGGAGGAGGAGGAGGAGGAGGAGGAGGAGCGCCGAGGCGGCUCUACGAGAACUCCCACGCCAGCCUGAGCACCGCCGAGGAUUGUGGGAUACUGCACGGCUGCGAGAACGGCAGGUGCAUCCGCGUCUCGGAGGGCUACACCUGCGACUGUUACCAGGGAUACGAGCUGGACAUGACGUCCAUGACCUGCACAGACGUGAACGAGUGCGACGACGGCGUCAGCGUGGACUUUCCCUGCAUCAACGCCCGCUGCGUCAACACCGACGGCUCCUUCCGCUGCAUCUGCAGGAGAGGAUACGUCAUGUCCCGCCGGCCCAACCACUGCGUGGCGGCGUAGCCGGACCGGACCGGACCGGACCAGACCGGACCGGACCGGAACAGGAGCUUCCAUCACAUCCGGCCACAGCUGAGACCUCCGCAGGUGCAGAUCACCUGGACUGAAAUGUUUGAUUGCACUAACCUGAGCAGAGCUAGACCGGGUCAGACCGGGUCAGACCGGGUCAGCAGGUCCAGGCCGCAGCUCCGCCCCCAAACAUGGACAAUAUUUACAAAAACGGAUAUUUCCCCCUCUAUGUUUUUAAAAGUCCCAUAAUUUCCAGGAACCUGCAUGAAUAUCUGUUAAGGUGCUAUGAGCAGCCAAACCUGCAGGGGGCAGUGAUCAGUGAGUCCAGAACCACACGGCCAUACGCAGUUCUGUCUACAGGAAAACCUUAAGGAGCUUUAACCUUUUAAGGAGCCAAAUUACCUAGAAUACGCCGAGCUCAGCUCAGCUAGGGCCGUUAGCUACGAUGGCGGCUAGCCGUCGCCCAUUAGCUACGAUGACGGCUAGCCGUCGCCCAUUAGCUACGAUGACAGCUAGCCAUCGCCCGUUAGCUAUGGAUGACGGCUAGCCAUCGCCCGUUAGCUACGAUGGCGGCUAGCCAUCGCCCGUAGCCACCCGUCAAUCAAAUGUGGCUAAACACGCACCUGAAUGCUUGUUUUAUAUGAUUUUACCUGAUGAGGUUCAUAAAUAACCCCGUACACUCGUCAUGUCGUCAUGUCGUCAUGGAUGUGGAUCCAACGAUGGAGACCAGAAAUGUUUCUGUUCCAGAAUGUAAAUAUUUUAUUUCUGCUGUAAAGUUGAACAUUUUAACCUGCAGAUCUGGACCCUAGUGGUCUCUACCUGGACCCUAGUGGUCUGUAGAGGAACUGCAGGUUUUUCUACUUCUGCAUUGGUUACAAUUAACAGGAAGUAGAAAGAACCUGCCGUGUCCGGUCUGAACCGGUCUGGUUCGGUCUGAACCGGUCUGAACCGGUCUGAACGGGUCUGGACCGGUCUGAACGGGUCUGGACCGGUCUGAACCGGUCUGGACCGGUCUGAAACCGGUCUGAAACCGGUCUGAAAUGGUCUGGACCGGUCUCUGAGCUCAGAUCAGCCGUUAAACUCCACCUGAGAACUUUCAUCACUUUCAUUCAGACGAUUCUCUGACACGAGACAAGUUAUGAUCUCUGGACAAAAUAAGCCAUAGCUAAAGCUUAAAAACAAAAACAAAACGUUUUGCUGAUCUUUCUAAGACCAGAACAUAUUACAAUAAUUUUAAAUUAAUAAAACACAGCAGGAAAAUAAAGUUGGACUAAAGUAGCAUCAACAUAAACAACUCCGUUAAGUUUUAGAACAUCCCGAUUUUUAUAAUUCUUAAAAAAAAGCUUCAUGUCAGUAGUUUAGGAUUAGUUUAGGUUAGGAUUAGUCCCUGGUAAAGGUUAGGAUUAGUCCCCUCUGGUAUCUGGUAUUGUCUGUCGUCUAUGCUUUGAUGUCAGAGCACAAUGCGCCAUUAAAAUGCGUAAACACUGGAUUGGGGUGUUCUAAACCUUUUGAGUGUAUUAUAGUUAUUAAUGGCUCAAACAACUAUAUCAUACGAAAAUAUGAAUAUUCUUCGGUGACUACUCUGCCGUGGGUUGGCGUAAAAGCCACUGUAAACAACAAAGAGCUAAUGCUAAUGUAUAACCUUUAACUAAAAUGAAACAGCCAAUAUAUUGUUUGAUUUGUUUUAUUUUUCAAUACAGCAAAUGUGCUUUAUUAGCAAGGUCUUAGCUUAGCAAGUUUUCUAUCGCUGUUAGCGCACUAGCUAACAAACAAGCUUUGCUUUGUUAGCAAAAAAUAUUAAAAUGUUUUCCACGCAGCUGUAGCCAAAAUAACACUUUUGACUUGUCAGUUAUUUUAUUUUAUUUUUUUAUUGCUGAAACAGUUUGCUAGCAGCUAGCUUGCAGCUCAGCGUAAAAAAAUGAGCUAAUUUGCGUACAGCUAAAGCAAGUUAAACGCAGACACAACGAUUGUAAACAAAUAAACAUUUAAAAUGAUGACUUCUGUCAAAUCUUUUCAGUUUUAAAUUAGCACCGCACUGCUAAUUGUUAGCUGGUGAACGCUUGAAGCGGCGAGCUCGUCUGAGUGCUGAAGAGUUUAAAAUAAUUACAGAAACCAACAAAAAUCACCUCUUUGUUUUUAAAUACUGUCGGUAUU